CCACCUCUCUCUUUAUUACUACUACUACUACACAAAUCACAAGAAUAAAUAGAGAGAAUCAAUCCCCUUUAGCUCUGCCCCUUUUCAGUUUCUUUAAAUUUAUUAUUUUAUUUUACAUACUAUAAAUACAGAAAAAAGUGAAACCCCACCUUCAUGUUUGGUUAACUUUGGCCUGACCUAAACCAAGAAACAUAUCACAGAGUUAUAGGCAUAGGUUUGCCAACAGACUAGACUACAAUAUAGAGAGGAGUGACCCUCCCUCUCUUCUCUCUAUAGAACAAAUCAAGUCAUUGUUUUGGGUACAAAAAGUCACUUCUUUCAUUUUUUUGCUGUGGUGAAAAACUUUUUGAUAUGGCCAUUCAAGCGCAGUUGUAUUCGGAGAAUCUUGGUUUUCCUUUAGGAGUUUCGCAGGAUUUGAUGGAGAAUAAUUCUAGUGGAUUCAAUCAGUUUUCUUUUAACCCUCAACAGCAGCAACAUUACGAGUACCCACAACAGCAUCAGCAGUUGCAAAAUCUUUACCAAAAAGACAAUCAGAAUUUGAUGCAAUUCGUCCCAAAAUAUAACAGUAGUUCUGCACAAACAAUGCCAACGUUUUCCCAGAGUCUAACUUCCCAGUUAGAGAAACAGAAUAUUGAGAUCAAUCGGUUCAUCAGUUUACAGAACGAGAGAUUGAGAUUGACACUACAGGAGCAGAGAAAGAAACAAGUGGCAUUAAUCUUGAGAAAAUACGAGUCAAAGGCACAGUAUUUGCUAAAACAGAAAGACGAAGAAAUUGCAAAGGCAGCAAACAGGACAACAGAGCUACAAGUUUUGUUGAAAAGAAUGGAAAUAGAGAAGCAAACAUGGCAGAGAAUGGCCAAAGAGAAAGAAGCAAUGGUGAUGUCACUUAACAACACGAUUGAACAGUUAAAAGAGACUGCUUGUUCAUCACCAAACAACAGAGGUACUGCUGAAGAUGCAGAGUCUUCUUGUCAUGUAGCAGAAGAAGAUAAAACAGAACAACAGUGUGGACAUGAGAUGAUGAUGUGCAAAAGCUGCAAUUCUAGGAUAUCGUGCAUGAUUUUCCUGCCUUGCAGACACCUAUGUUCAUGCAAAUAUUGUGACACUUUUCUCCACUCAUGUCCUGUCUGUAAUAUGUUGAAGAAAGCUAGCAUUGAAGCAUUGAUUUGAUCUGCUGUGAAAAUGACUUGUUUUCUUGUUUCCAAGAAAAAUCACAGUAAAUUUAUGGUAGUUCGUGGAUAGAUUAGUCAUUCUAUAUGUAUUCAUUAAUUUCUUGACUAUCUUGUUUUUCUCUGUCUACUUUUUGACGACUUGAACAGAUUUACAAUUAGCAGUGCGACAUGGCACUAGCAUCUUUUUCC